GGGUGACGGCGGCAGCAACAGCAGCAGCAACAGCAGCAGGGGAGCGGAGCGGAGCGGAGGGGCGACAUCGCUGGUUGGAGGCGCCGCGGUGGGAACGGCCGUGGCUGGCGCCGCUCCUCUCCUCUCGCUCCCUCCCUUCUCCUCCGCGGUGGGGCUGCGUGGCGGCGCAAGUCCCGCACUCGGCGAUCCUCGUCCUCCGUCGGUCGGCCGCCGCGGCGCGCACUGCAGAUCGCGCAACGGGGGAGAGGGACGAUUUGACGCUGCAACCCCCCGCCGCCCAUAUAUUUUUUUUUUAAUUAUUUACUGUUAUCCGUUCCUCUUUCUUUCCUUGCUACGCUCUGUGGUCUUUGCCGGCGACAAGGACAGCAGUGCUGCUCCCCGGGGAAGCCGGAGCCCUGUGGAUGCGCCUCCCUGGGACCGGGGGAGCUGACUCGGAGUGGAUUUAUUGACUCGUGGGUGUUUCCGAGCUCCCCGAAACAGCCCGGGCUAGCGUCCUGCGGAUUGUAAACUGCGGGGAGCAGUGAGAGACACGCAGGAGGAGCCUCCCGCCGAAGCUGUGUCCUUUUCCCUCACCCCUUUAUUUCUCCUACCACCGUUUGUUUUACCCUGUUUUUUUUUAAUUCCCUACUCCUUUUCACGCGAGCCUUAAGACACUGUGAACGCGUAUGGCGCUCUGGAUUCAAAUGGGAGUUGGCAGUUUGAGAAGCAUCUUCCAAGGCAGCCGGGAGACCCCCUGUAAGAGGAAGAACUGAGGCGUUUGCAUUUUUUUGUUAUUGCUUCGGAGGUAGCUUGGAUCUUACCUCACAGGAGAUAUUCCUACAUGCGAGUGGCAUACAUGACUCAGUAGAUCUGCUUGCAGCUCUCGCCAAGUACAUCGUCGACUCUUAGCUUGUGAUUUUUUUAUUUUAUUUUAUUAUUAUUAUUCCCUAUUAAUCGUCCCAGCUGUUGGGAUACCGGGCACCCACCCUACUGUUGCUGCUCAGGUGCGGGGGAAGGCGCACGGCGGAGUUGGCGAAGCUCUGGGGAGGGACUCGGUGCCGCCUGCGACCAUGGCAGCGCGGAGGCGAGAUGCCUCCGCCUGGAAGUACUGCUGGGGAGCCGUGAUGGUUUUAUGCAGAACUGCACUGGCGCGGUCCAUCGUUUUAGACCCCAUAUAUUGGAAUUCCUCCAACCCCAAAUUCCUUCCUGGACAAGGAUUGGUACUAUAUCCACAGAUAGGAGACAAACUGGAUAUUAUAUGCCCAAAGGUGGACUCUAAAACUGUUGGUCAAUAUGAAUAUUAUAAGGUCUACAUGGUUGAUAAAGACCAAGCAGAUAGCUGUGCUAUUAAAAAGGACAAUACACCUCUACUCAAUUGUGCCAAGCCAGAUCAAGAUGUUAAGUUUACCAUCAAGUUUCAAGAGUUCAGUCCUAAUCUCUGGGGCCUGGAAUUUCAGAAGAACAAAGAUUAUUACGUCAUAUCAACAUCAAAUGGGUCUUUGGAGGGCCUGGAUAACCAGGAGGGAGGGGUGUGCCAGACAAAAACCAUGAAGAUCCUCAUGAAAGUUGGACAAGAUCCCAACUCGGCAGGGCUGCCCCGGCACACGGAUCCCACCAAGCGCCCUGAGCAGGAAGCUGGCACCAAUGGGAAGAGUUCCACCACCAGCCCUUUUGUGAAGGACCACUCAGGAUCUAGCACAGAUGGCAGUAAGGCUGGGCAUUCCAGUAUACUGGGUUCAGAGGUGGCCUUAUUUGCAGGGAUUGCAUCAGGGUGCAUCAUUUUCAUCGUCAUCAUCAUCACUUUGGUGGUUCUUUUGUUGAAGUACCGGAGAAGACACAGGAAGCAUUCCCCGCAACACACGACAACUCUAUCACUUAGUACAUUAGCCACCCCAAAACGCAGUGGCAACAACAAUGGUUCUGAGCCCAGUGACAUUAUCAUUCCUCUAAGGACUGCAGACAGUGUCUUUUGCCCCCACUAUGAAAAGGUCAGCGGCGACUAUGGACAUCCAGUGUACAUAGUUCAAGAGAUGCCUCCUCAGAGUCCAGCAAACAUUUAUUACAAGGUCUGAAAACACACAACCAUCUCUGUGGUACAGUUGAGUCGUAGAGGAAACUCACUGGUCAAAUGCUUUCUGUUGGGGUUUGUGAUGAUGCCUGGUGCGCUAGCAUUGACUUAAGCACAGGGGGGAGAAAGCAACAGCUCUUUCUCCAGGAACCAACGCGAGCUGGACAGCUUACCUAGUCUGUAGAAUUCCUAUCUCAGUGAAUAAGUAUUCACUAAAAGCUGGAAGACUUUUAUGUAGAAGAUGCCCAUUCUGAUUGCUGUACUCUUGUUACAUUCAUCAUCCUCAAAGCCAUGUGCUGCGGGCGUUCAGGCAUGUACAAAAGCCAAGGGAAGAUGGAGCAAUCCGUGGAUGUUAAUAGCUCUAGGCAUCCUGGGAAGGUGCUCUAGGAUAUAUCAACCUUGAAAUGCAAUCUUCUGACUUUUGUGUGUCUCUCUCAGUGCAUACUGGAUUUGUCACACAGACCUUGGUGUCUAAGUAAGACUUGUUAAAGUUCUCUCGCUUUUAGUCCGUCACUGUUCCAUUUGUUUCUGUUAUCCAGGGCUCUGCCAUCCUUCACAUAAGAUUUCCUUUCACUCCACCUCCUGAAUCACUAAUGGAACAUUAAUGUUUGGAGAUCCGCACUCCAUCCAUCUGCUACAGCAGCCUCACUCGAAUGGGUAAUGCAUUUAUAAAAAUUGUGUUUGAUAGUAAGGAGCCUUCCAGCCAAAUAGUUAGGCUGUCAACAAAGUCAAGAGCAGGACUGGGUGGUGGAGGGAAGGGCUGAUUGCAGUUGAAUAUUGCUGCCUCAAAAAUAGAAGCUGGGAAGUAAAAAACAAUACAUUUAGGUAGCACAGCACUUUGGUAUGCUAAGUUUUAAGAGGCAGGUAGGAAACACAAUAACAUGCACAGUGGAUUAAGGCUGCAUUUGAAGGAAUUCUUGGUUAUCAAAUACCAGUGUGCAGAAAAAAAUAGAACCUUCGAUACAGUAGAACAGAGGGGUAUUGUUAGUAAGUGAACAAGCUUGGAGAAGACAAGACAAUAGCAGGCCGCUGAGGAUUAUAUUAGGGCAGGGCUGAUGUGGUACUGGCAAUAAGAUACACAGCUUUGAAGCUGUAGGGAAAACACAGUCUGCUUUGGGUGACUUUUAAGCAGACUCAGCUGCUAUACUAUCAGAUUAUAGUAAACACAGGGAAAGCGUUUAAGAAAAUAGCAGAGAGCCAAGUCUGACCAAGAAGAUUAUAAGCCAACGGGUCAAAUGAGCUAAUUCUAUCACUGGUGAAGUUGUGGAAAAGAAAAAAAAAAGGCAACAAACCACAAAACCUUUCUCAUCUCUAAAAGUAAGGCAGAAUUUCUUUCUGACUGACCCUUUUGGCACUUUGGCUUAUUGUUGUGCUGUCCCUGCACAGUGAGUGUAGGUACUGUGACUGACACAGCCGUUCAUUGGUGCUCUGUUGCAAAGUGAAAGCACAUAUGGCAAACCUCUUUCAGUCCAUAAGAAUAAAAUAAAUUAUGACACUGAGAUGGAGAAGGAAAAUAUGUCUUAUUUAUAAUAGGUGUAUAGAACACAAGGGAUAUAAAGUGAGAUUUUUUUCUUUCGUUCAUUUUUUCUUACUUUUUAUUUUGGUUUGGUUUUUUUACUAAUAUAUAUUUUGAGAUUGCACAGAAUCUACACCAGAAGAUGUGAAAUUCAUUUGCGGCAAUUACAUAGUCUUAACUUCUUAUCAUUUUACGUAUAUAAAUGUGUGUGUAUAUAAGUAUAUACACACAUAUAUAUAUUUAUAUAUGCAUACAUAUGCAUAUAUAUUUAUGCAUACGCACACAUUUUUAAAAA